GCCAGCCCAAUAGACGGAUGAGUUAUUGUCAUGUAAAAAGCGCCAGCAAUAAGACCAACCGCUUUGCUAUUGUCCAAGUGGAAAGAGCCAAGUUUAUUAUGAGGACUAUAUGCUCUAGAGACCUCAGACAAGGCAUCUCAUAGGAGGCUUUUUCAUAAAACUAGGCUCUGCUGGUAGUAAGGAGGCCAGUUUGGAGGCAGGCGUUGAGCUGUGCACAUCUCCCCACUCCAGCCACCUUCUCCAUACCCAUCUUUUAUUUCAUUUUUCCACUUGGCUGAGCCAUCCAGAGCCUUUUCAAUGUAUAAAAUGGAAUAUUCUUACCUCAAUUCCUCUGCCUACGAGUCCUGUAUGGCUGGGAUGGACACCUCGAGCCUGGCUUCAGCCUAUGCUGACUUCAGUUCCUGCAGCCAGGCCAGUGGCUUCCAGUAUAACCCGAUCAGGACCACUUUUGGGGCCACGUCCGGCUGCCCUUCCCUCACGCCGGGAUCCUGCAGCCUCGGCACCCUCAGGGACCACCAGAGCAGUCCGUACGCCGCAGUUCCAUACAAACUCUUCACCGACCACGGCGGCCUCAACGAGAAGCGCAAGCAGAGGCGUAUCCGCACCACUUUCACGAGUGCGCAGCUCAAAGAGCUGGAGAGGGUCUUCGCGGAGACGCACUACCCUGACAUCUACACCCGGGAGGAGCUGGCCCUGAAGAUCGACCUCACCGAGGCGCGAGUCCAGGUGUGGUUCCAGAACCGCCGCGCCAAAUUCCGCAAGCAGGAGCGCGCGGCAGCGGCGGCUGCGGCCGCGGCCAAAAACGGCUCCUCGGGGAAGAAGUCCGACUCCUCCCGGGACGACGAGAGCAAGGAGGCCAAAAGCACCGACCCGGACAGCACCGGCGGCCCGGGCCCCAACCCCAACCCCACUCCCAGCUGCGGCGCGAGCGGCGGCGGCGGCGGGCCCAGCCCGGCAGGAGCCCCGGGAGCGGCGGGGCCCGGGGGCCCGGGCGGCGAGCCGGGCAAGGGCAGCGCGGCAGCGGCGGCGGCGGCGGCAGCGGCGGCGGCGGCAGCGGCGGCGGCGGCCGGAGGCCUGGCGGCGGCGGGCGGCCUGGGCGCGGCCGCGGGCCCGGGACAAGGCUGGGCUCCUGGCCCGGGCCCCAUCACCUCCAUUCCGGAUUCACUCGGGGGUCCCUUCGCCAGCGUCCUAUCUUCGCUCCAAAGACCCAACGGUGCCAAAGCCGCCUUAGUGAAGAGCAGCAUGUUCUGA